UCAUCAAAUAAACUAAACAAACUAAAAUGGGAAACUGCAUAUGCGUAACAGGAAAAACGACUACGUCGUGCUCUGGAGACGAUUGUGAUGAAUCUUUUAACAAGAAGAGAAGAAGAAGAAGAUCCUCCACCGUGUUUAACGACGAGGACGGCGGAGACGGAGAGAAGCUGCUGGGAGAGGCAAGUAACGCGACGUCGUCGAGUUCUUCAACGUCUUGUGGAAGGAGGGAGAUCAAGAUAAGGAUGACGAAGAAAGAACUUGAAGAUCUCAUGAGAAACAUUGGUUUAAAGGGUUUGACGGCGGAAGAGAUACUUUCUAAGUUGAUGUUCGACGGUGGAGAUCAAACCGGAUUAUCUGCCGUCGAUCUAAGGAAUCACCACCAGCCUUGGAAACCGGCGUUACAAAGCAUACCGGAGAUCGAUUAAUAAAUGUUUUGUGUCUCUCUUUCUUUUUUCCUUUUUUUUUUUUUUGGUUUGAUUAGUUAGGAAAAGCUGAGUUUGAUGUGUGUGUGUCCUAAAUUUGACCCCCCUCGAUCGGUGAUUUUAGCUUAACUGAAAUUAUGUACAUGUUUGUUUUUGUAAUUAUUUUGUUAUUCUGAUGAUUUUACUUCACUCCCUUUGUAACUUUUAUUUUGAUUUCAGUGGUUAUUGGGCAAAAUGUUAAACAUAGCAGUGGGCAUAAUUUCUA